AUGAAAAAAAUAGCCCAAAGAUGUUUUUCCCCCAUUGUGUACGCCCUACUAUUGAUCUAUCAGAAGGAAGCAAACAGCUCAUACGUAGAUGUAACUCUACUGAAUGAUAACCUUUUUGACGACAUGAUAAAAACGGAGCUGUCUUACAUGAGCAACCACUUAACAUUUAAUGAUAAUAAUAAAUCUAAUAAAAGAAAAAAGCGAAAUGAUGCAGCGGUGGAUGACCUCGUCCUGCUAACAAGCAUGUUAUCUCAAAUUAUUCCAUCCAAUUUUUCAAUAUACUCAUUAGACAUUCCAAACGAAACGGUCAGUAGCUCAAGCAACGAUGUUAAUAGCUUCCUAGAUUUGAUAAACUUAUACGACGCGGAAAUUAACAACACAGUUACGAACCAUCUGAAUCAAACACAACCAGUAAAAGGCUGUGAAGAUGAUAUAAAAAAUAACAACUGUGAUGGGGAUGUGCUAACGUGUAUUACUUUAAAAAAGGAUAAAUUAUCCGACAGUUGUAAAAAAUCCCUCAGUAACUCCCUACUCUACUCCUGCAUCGACGAUGUUAUGCUCUACUGCGCGGACUACUCCAAAUUUUCAAAGGUGCACAAGUGCCUGAAAAAGAAUUUUUACCACUUGAGUAAUAAGUGCCUGAACAUUUUAAGCUACUAUGAAAAUAUAAUGCACAAAUUGCACAAAAUUAAGAAUAAGCCGUACGGCAACCAGGAGCAUUUGUUCUUAGAAAGAGAAAAGGGGGGACCCACAGUCGGCAACUCGAGCAACGCUCAUGACCAUGAUAAUAACACCCCAGACGGGAAGUACAGCCGAAAUGGGAAUGACACCCAAAAUGGGAAUGACACCCAAAAUGGGAGUGACACCCGAAAUGGGAGUGACACCCGAAAUGGGAGUGAUACGAAUUAUACCCUUUUCAACGGUAAUGAUGCUAAUCAUAAAUCCACCAUGGCUGAUAAUUUAAGAAAGGGAUAUGGCCAUUAUUUUUUUCCGUCCAUGGAUUACAAUUACCUGAUCGAUUUCAAAUCAAGGGGUUUUACUUUUGAAUAUAAAUCCUUUUUGUAUUUUUUCGUUUGCCUCCUCAUUUCGUUCCUACUCUACAUAUUAAUAAUUUGUAUCAAGAAAUAUUACGUUGCAGAUUCGAACAACUUUUUUGCGAAAGCGGAGAAGACCAAGUUGGCACAGCUGUGA